UCAAUUAUCACUAUCAAUGUUAUCGGCAGAGAAAAGAUCAGACGUACUACGAGGCACGCCGAGAUACUGAGAAACGCAGGCAGGACUCUUCACCGUCACUCACCGAUUCACCACUUUCCUUCCCACAACUCGACUCAGUUCAACUCAACUCAACUCAACUCAACUCAGCUCAACAUGAUGUGGGAAUGGAAACACGAAGAAGCAGAAGAAGAAGCGUUUCACGACGACGAUUCCACCCCAAAACUCGACGACGAUUCUCACCUCAACUUCGAUUUCGAUUUCUUCACCACUCUCACCAAACCCAAGGAUUACUACAAGAUAUUGGAAGUGGAUUAUGAUGCUACCGACGAUGCGAUUCGCUCGAACUAUAUACGUCUUGCACUGAAAUGGCACCCGGAUAAGAAGAAAUGCCAGGAGGAUGCCGCGACUUCGCGCUUUCAAGACAUCAACGAGGCAUAUCAGGUUUUGAGUGAUCCAGUGAAAAGGAGUGAAUAUGACAAAAACGGGAUGCACUAUGUGUAUGAUUACAACAUCAUCGAUUAUCUGAACCGUUACAAGGGCCUUAUAUUGACGUGCAAUGGCCUCGGUAUGAAGCAUUCAAUAUGGUGAAGAAUUUGCAAAAAAGCAUCGCAGACAUCCAUAUUUCCAGUGCAUCUGGGACAGUUUUUUGAAGUACCUGGCACUGCAUGCCAUGCUCUGUUUAUGAUGUCCUAAGAGAGCAACCUUCAUGCUAUUUUGUACACAAAACAGUCUAAUGCUCUCGCCCUCUGCCUGCUUUCAAAGGGUUUGUUGAUGAAGAAAAAUUAAUUAGAAUUUGAAAUAUAAUUUAGAUAUUUUAUAUUUUUAUUAUAUAUUAAUUAUUAUUAUAA